UACUGUUUGUUGAAGCAGAUCCUGACUCACUCUUCAUUUUCGUUCGCUAUUGAAAUGUGUUUAUGUAACGAAACUUACAUGGAUGAAAGAUUGAUGUAACAAUAAGAAUAAAAAUAACGAUUUUAUCAUGCAACGUGCAUGACAUGGCGCCCAACGUGGAGCGGCAUUAACGAAAUAAAGUCGCCCAUAUUCGUUUCUUACGAAAAUGUCGACUAAAUAGGAGGAAAAACUGGGAAGGCUUCGUGCUAGAAGAAGAGGACAUCGCGGAGUGUGUACAAAACUCGAGAAAGAGUCAGUUGAAUUGUUAUCACAGCCACCACGUGAUAAUCUUGUAGAACGUAGCGAAAUCAUCGCACAACAACUCGAAGGGAAACUAAAAAUAUUAAGUGAACUCGAUGAAGAAAUAUUGAACACGUGUGACGUCAAUGAAAUAAAAGGUGAAAUUGAGGACUCGGUCGAAAUUUCUGAUAGAGUUAUGAGUAUAAAACGAAAAAUCGAAAGGUAUAUCAAAUGCGUUAAGAAUGACAGUCUAGUUGAUACGAAUGUCAACGAUACCAUAUUUAACUCGAAUUUGACGAACAUAUCAAACCUUGGCCAAAACGAAAGUAGCGAGAACUCUAACGAAAAUUUAAUAAAUACGACGGAAAACUCUGGUUUAAUCGAAGAUUCAAGUAAUCAAGCUACGAUCGAAAUUGUAAACGAAGGAAAUGUAACGAGUGACAACAGUACGACGACGGUCCAAUUUAAGUCGAAUAUGCCGAAGCUUCCUAAGCUGGAGCUUCCGAAAUAUGUUGGUAAGGUUACGGAGUGGAGUUCGUUUUGGGAUCUGUAUGAUUCUGCGAUUCACAGUAAUCCAAACAUUUCGAAGGUAAACAAAUUCAACUAUCUGAAAUCGCUUCUUGAGGGAAACGCAGCGAGGGCCAUUAAAUGUCUAACAUUAACUAAUGCCAAUUACGACUCUGCUGUAAAGAUCUUGAACGAUCACUUCGGGAAAACCCAGCAAACCAUAGCAGCUCACAUGGAUGAAAUUUUAAAGAUUCAAGCUUUUGCCAACGGUAGAACUAGCCAAGUAAGAUACAUAUACGAUAAAGUAAGCGUUCAUGUACGAGGAUUAUCGAGUCUUGGCGUUUCUUCUGAACAAUAUGGUAGAAUGCUUAUCCCGAUUAUUAUGACUAAAUUACCUAGUGACAUUCGUCUACAAAUUGCCCGAAAAUCGUCGGGAGACGUUUGGAAAAUUGAUGAGUUGUUGGAUGCAAUAAAGACUGAGAUCGAGGCACGGGAGAUAAGUAAAGGAGUGCAAUCAAGUCCACAGCCACAGCAUGGAAAAAAUUUAGGAGGUAAGCACCAAACACCCAGAAUACCUACGGUGAACGCCUUUUCGACUCAAAAUACUUCAGGUAAACAUAUUCAAUGUGUUUAUUGUAAAGAGCCACACUUUUCGGCAUCGUUUGAUAGAGUAACUGAUGUGAAUGAUUGCAAGAGUAUAUUGAGGAGAGACAAUCAUUGUUUUGUAUGCCUGCGAAUCGGGCAUCUCAGUAAAAAUUGCGAGUCAAAGAAGAAUUGUAGACGUUGUCAUGGGGCUCAUCAUCAAUCGAUUUGUGAAGUGAUUAAGUCAAGUUUUACGCCUCCUCAACAAAAGAAUGCAAAUGAUCCCAAACUUUCCCCCACUGGAAACAACCUACCAGAAACCAAGGAAGAGAACAACGUUCGCACAGCUACCAUGAUUGAUGGAGAUAAUUACUUAACGACGAAUACGGCAAAAACGCGUAAUCAACUUCUUCUGCAAACAGCUAUUACAUACGCCAGUGGCGGGAAUGGUUCCAUUUCUAUACCUGUUCGCGUGCUUUUGGACAGCGGUAGUCAGCGCACUUAUGUUACGAAUUCAUUAAAAAAACGGCUUGGACUAGUUCCCAUCAGAAGAGAAUUUGUUAACUUAAAUACCUUUGGCAACCAACAUUUUACAAUGGAAAAAUGCGACUUGGUUCAUUUGUCCCUGAAAGGAAAAAAUGGAAAUCGAAUCAUAACAGCUCUUUGCUUCCCAAAUAUUUGCUCUCCAUUAACAACGACAAUUGAUCUCAAUCAUUAUCCUCAUCUGAUGGAGUUGCAGCUUUCCGAUACCAAUAUCCUCUCUGGACGACAGACGGACAACAACAUCGACAUUCUAAUUGGAGCCGAUUAUUAUUUUGAUAUCAUGACAGGCGAGAUUAUAAGAAGUAAAGGUGGUCCUGUUGCGUUUAAUAGUGAAUUUGGCUGGAUUAUCACUGGACAGACGAAUGAUGGUGAAACUAGUUCGAAAUUGUCAAGCGUUAAUUUAAUCAUCGAAGAUUACUAUUUUUCAAAGGAAGUUCCGUUUGACAAGAGAGAACCCAAAUUACAUGAAUGUUCGAAACGGUUUUGGAAGAUCGAAUCAAUGGGAAUCAAAGAAUCCAGCGAAUCACAGGAUCAGGAGUUUUUGAAGAAUAUACAAUAUCUGGAGGAUGAAGGGAGAUAUGAAGUGAAUUUACCUUGGAAGGGGGAAUAUAUUCCAAAAUCAGACUGUUACGGUAGGUGUUUGAAACGACUACACCUUCUAAAAUCUCGUCUCGAUAAAGAUAAACCCUUAUUGCAAUUAUACGAUACAAUUAUCAAAGAUCAAGUGAAAGGCGGAAUUAUUGACCCAGUUCUUGUUGCACAUGAAACCGGUUAUUUCCUACCCCAUCAUGGCGUACUUUGAGAAGAUAAUGAAACUACAAAACUUCGCGUGGUUUUCGAUGGUUCGGCAAGAGCUAAUAAGGAAGAGCAGUCACUUAAUGAUUGUCUCGAAAAGGGACCAAAUUUGGUUCAUCGUUUAAUUGACACUAUGAUAAACUUUCAAGGCUUCCCCAUUGGGCUUGUUGCCGAUAUCGAAAAGGCUUUUCAUCAAAUACAAAUUGCUCCCGAAGACAGAAAGAUGCUGAAGUUUCUUUGGUUUGACGAUAUUAACAAAGUUCACCGAUGCUAAAGAAAUACAAGUUCCGACGCCUACCAUUUGGUCUAACCACAAGUCCUGCAAUAUUAUCUACUGUUAGUCUUCACCACGUUUCGAAAUACAAGAAUGUCGAUCCAGAAAUAGUCUCCUUAUUCGUUAUCUCCUCGAGUCGUUAUAUGUUUACGAUUUCGCUGGUGGAGCUUCUAAUGAAGACGAAGCUCUAUACAUCUAUCAUAUAUCUUGAAAAUUAAUGAGCGAGGGAGGAUUCAAGAUUCGAAAAUGGCAUUCAAACUCGCAAUAUGUCCGAAAUGUUAUCGCGAAUGAUGAAGAUCGACCGUUUGUUGACGUGGAAAAUGAAAAGGGGUCAUCAUAUGUUAAGCAUCAAGGAAAGGCAAGGCGAUGAGCAAGGCCCUUGAGGCGAUUUAUAUGCGUUUCAAAAAGCUUCAGCUAAAUGCUGGACCAAAGGCUUCUAAAGAACUUGCUAUUAUUUUUAAUUUCAUUGAUGUAAUUCUAGACAGUAGUACCUCCUUUCAUCGCCUUUCUUUCUUUUCGUUGCUUACGUCAUUUCCUUGUAACAACUAUUUAAGAUCACGCAUGCUUGUAAACAAUGACUUAGCUUUAUAAUGACUUUGAAUUAAAGUCAAAUAUUGCUUUGAA